AUGGCCGCAACAUAUCUCGUUACGAGCGCCACAGGAUCACAAGGUGGAUCAGUCGUGAGAGAGCUUCUUGCUCGAGACCUCAAAGUUCAUGCCUAUGUUCGGGAUUCGACAACGGAUGCUGCUCUCGAAAUCAAAUCCCUCGGAGCAGUUCUUUUCGAAGGCGAUUUUGACAACGAGACUUCAAUUGCUGCUGCGAUCAAAGGCUGCACCGGAGUUUUCCUCAACACGUUUCCUGGCUUCCUCGAUCCACACACCGAACGUAAACACGCUCAAAAUUUCAUCAACGCUGCUGUCAAAGCCAAAACCGUCACCACUUUCGUUGCGUCAACGGUCUUGAGACCGUCAGUCGAAGAAUUAGCCGGACAGAAAUAUGCUUUCCCAUUCUUGACUUUCUAUUACAGGCAGAAGGGUGGCGUGGAGAAGGCAGUGAGGAAAUCCGGCAUCAAAAACACAGUCAUUCUUCGUCCCGGAUAUCUAACAUACAACGUCCUUUCUCCAUACCAUGGCUUUCAUUUUCCGGGCUAUCCUGAGACCCGUGUUAUGGAGGUUAGCUAUGGUGCUGAUCAUCAACUCGAGUUUUUGGAUGCAGCCGAUGUCGGGAAAUUCGCUGCUGCUGCGUUCGCCGACCCAGAGCGCUUUGCUGGGGAAGAAAUCGACCUGUUUAGUGAAAAGUUGACCGUUGCGGAGAUUGCUUCAACCAUCACCAAAGUCAGUGGGGUGGAAAUCAAGGUCAGUUACCGGACUGAUGAAGAGACUGAGCAGAUUCGUCGUAGUGGGAGGAUGCCGGCUAUUGAGAAUCAGAUUUGGGUGAAGACGCAUCCUAGUAUGAGAGAUAAUAAGAAUUUGGAGAAGUACGGGAUCGCUCUUGGUACGCUUGAGGGUUUCCUUGAGAGGGAGAAAGAUAGACUGUUGGAAACGCUAGGAGUGGCAGAGCGAACUGGAAGGGCAAAAACUUAG